GGAGCUUUCAGUAGCAGUUCGCAGUUAACUGGAAGACAUUGCCGGUUCGAUUAGCCUUCGUGCCGGUUUUACAAGUACCACAUUAUUAUCUGUAAUGGACUACAAGCGGGUUGACUCCCCACCGCCCUAUUCGGAUGACUUGGCCACCGCUCCUCCGGCUGAGAUGGAUCUGAACCAAUACCAGGCGUCGCCGCACCAGCUCUACCCGCAGGUUCCGCAGAUAGCCCAGACGACGCCGAUGUCACAACCCCCACUUCCGGUGAACGUGGUGCACCAGACCACGGUGUUGGUGGACACUCCGGGACACGGAAUGAUAUGUCCCCAUUGCAACGCCCGGAUUCGCGUCCGAGUGGAACAUCAUCGUACGGGAAAGACAUACUGCAUGGCAGCGAUCCUCUGCCUUUUCCUUUGCUGGCCCUGCGUCUGCGUCCCUUGCUGCUGCAACUGCUGCUACAAGACCUCCCAAUUCUGCCCCAACUGCAACGCCUGUUUGGGAUCGUUUUGAAGACGCCAGCGAAAACACUCGCCGAUUUCAUUUCGUCACAUUCGUAUUCAUAUUCGUAUAACUAAGUACAUAUGUAUAUGUACUCCACAUGUGUAUUUGAAGUGGCGCAUUUAUCAUACCAAUACUUACUACCACACACAAAUUCUUUAAUCGACUCUGAUUUCUGUAUUUCUGCUAAAAGCAGAUAGGAAACAAUGAAAGAAAAAAACAAAUAAAGCUUUGCCAUAUUCUGGGAUUCCCAUUAAUUUAA